AAAUCAUCAAUAAUGAUAUAAUAAUAAUUGAAACUUGUAAUUUCUUAGCAGUAGAAAUACAAUUAAAUGACUAUUAUUGUCGGCUAUAUGCCUUUUAUCUAGACUUCAGCCUGUCCCACAAUUUUAUUGAAUUUCAUAGUCCCCCACCUUUGAUUUGAUUCAACACUCUUUAAAUUGAAUUAUUUGGAGUUGACAAAUUAUGAAGCAGAUUCUUUAAUCCCUUAAAAGUCAUUCCCAGGCCUUCUGGGCUAGAUGCCCUAAUUGGGUUCGGAUUUUUUUUCUUUCAAAGAUAUUGGGCUGGGCUCAAACUUGGGCCCUUCACGGAGUAGUCCAUUCUUUACCGCCAUUUAUCAGACCGUCAGUUAUCGCUCUCUGCCGUUCAUUCCUUCGUCCUUCGUCGUCCUCUUUCACUCGAGAGUGCGAGCAAAGGGACGACAGAGAAAAGCAGCCAUGGACAGAGAAUGGGGCUCGAAGCCCGGAAGCGGAGGCGCCGCCUCCUCCCAGAACGAGGCCAUCGACCGACGGGAGCGUCUCCGGCGACUCGCCCUCGAGACCAUCGAUCUCGCCAAAGAUCCCUAUUUCAUGCGCAACCACCUCGGCAGCUAUGAGUGUAAGCUGUGUCUGACUUUGCACAACAAUGAAGGGAACUACUUGGCUCACACACAAGGGAAGCGUCACCAGACCAAUUUGGCGAAGAGAGCUGCUCGCGAGGCCAAGGAAGCUCCCGCGCUCCCCCAGCCUAACAAGCGCAAAGUUAACAUUCGCAAGACAGUCAAAAUCGGCAGACCUGGGUAUCGUGUGACCAAGCAGUUUGAUCCAGAGACUAAGCAGAGAUCUCUUCUUUUUCAGAUUGAGUAUCCCGAAAUUGAAGACAACACAAAGCCAAGGCACAGGUUCAUGUCAUCUUAUGAGCAGAAAGUCCAAUCCUAUGACAAGAGCUACCAGUAUCUUCUGUUUGCGGCAGAACCAUAUGAGAUCGUGGCAUUCAAGGUCCCCAGCACAGAGAUCGACAAGUCAACUCCCAAGUUCUUCUCGCAUUGGGAUCCCGAUUCCAAGAUGUUCACUCUACAGUUGUACUUCAAGACGAAGCCACCGGAGACCAACAAACCUCCAGCUGCAGGGGCAGCAACAGCCAAUGGCACAUCGGCACCUGGCGUCCCUCCAAGGACUCUCCCACCGCCACCACCGCAGGGUCUACCACCUCCCCCGCCUCCUGCCGAUGGAGCAAGACCGCCUCCACCACCGCCCCUUAUGGGGAACGGCCCUAGACCCAUGCCUCCAGGGGAAGCUCCACCAGCUCCGCCUCCACCUCCAGGCGGCAGCGCGAUGGGAAACUUCAGUCAUGGUGUUCCGAUGGGCAGACCUCCGAUGCCUCAGGGUUUCCCAGGGCAAGGUGCCCAUCCACCUCCUCCACCUCCACCCAAUAUGGGAUAAGUUUGUAUCAUAGGAUAACAAGCAUUUGUAC